AUGUCCCUGCACUGGCUUUCCUCAGCGGUGCUGCUGCUCUUUUUGUUGGUGUGCUGCGGCGGCAGUGGGGCCGGGGCCAGCGCUGCGGGGACGCGGGAGGCGUCGAAGGAGGUGGAGCUCUUCAAACCAGGGGAAACUCCAGUGUUUGCUGCUGGAGAAGAGAGCUACAAAGACCGUUAUGAAGGUGUCUCCUCUUUCUACAGUCACUCCCUUCUUGACGUGAAUGGGGUGCUGGUUGCGCUUGCAUUCGGCGAACACAGCGACAGUGACAGCAACACGCGCCCUGAGAUUUGGGCAAAGUACAGUGCGUACGGGGCAGGUGUGAAGAUGAACGAAGGCGCUGCAUGGGACGGAACGGAGUGGAAGACGCAGCUUGUGACCAAGCGACCGGAAGCAGAGGGCUACCUUGUAUCGCUGCUUGGCCCCAGGGCUGUGGGGAAGGGCAAUAAAAUACAUCUGCUUCUGGAAAAAAGAAGAGCGACCAUACAGUCUUUGCAGCGCGAUCCUGGGUGGGGCCCUGCGUUGAUUGUUGGUGAGAUUCAGGGGUCCGUGGAAGAGCGGGAAGAGCAACGAGUCUCGUGGAGGGCUCCCCGGCUGUUGGAUUCCAUGCUUGCCGGACAGAUGCAGCAGCAAUCGUGGGAGGUGCUGGAACCCGCGAGUAUGUCCAGAGGCGUCGCGGUUGGGGACGCAACGGUUCUUUUCCCUCUUGCGGGAUUCAUCAACGACGGAACAGACACACUUGCCUGCACCGUCAUGCGCUCCGAGGACAAUGGGGGCAGCUGGAAGCUUCCUGCGGCGCCUGUGAUUGCUGAGGACUGUAACUCUGCCACGCUUCUCGAGUGGGAGGGGAAACUCCUCAUGGUCACCUCCGGAUCUUCUCAGUGGCGGCGCAGGGUCUUCGAAUCCGGUGACGAGGGGAAGACGUGGAACGAGGCUGCCGGGCCCUUCGCACGCCUGUUGAGUGACGCACACGCAUUGCCUCUGCUCGACUCUCCUGACGCCCUCAUGACUGCGACCAUCGCGGGCAGGAGUGUGCUGCUGUACACCACGCUGUCGGAGCAUAGUGUUGGGCGCCAAACGCACCACUUCCUCCACCUGUGUCUCUCCGACGGUGCUCGGACCCACGAUGUUGGGCCAAUAUCUACUGCGGAUGAUGCGGGCCACGCCCCCUUCAGCUCGCUGCUGUACACAAGAGAUGAUUUGUUUGCCCUCUACUCGAAGAAAGGCCCAGGUGAACGCUCAGACAUUCUUGUUUUUGCGCGCCUCUCGUAG